AGCUACAACUAGCACAUAUCUGACCUGCAUGAAAGACUCCAAGUACGUACUGAGUGAACACAGAUUAAUUAGCAAGAUAGGAAUGGACAUGGAUUACCUAGCUGCUCCUGUGUUUGUGACUUUGGCUCUCGCAACCUUGCUGCUCCGCUUGGUCUUGAGAUGGAGGGUCGGCGAGCUUUGCCAUCCAAGGCUACCGCCGGGAUCGAGGGGCUUGCCGCUCUUCGGAGAGACGCUCGAGUUCUUCACCGCGUCCCCGACCCUCGAGCUGUUGCCCUUCUUCAAGCGACGGUUGGAGAGGUACGGGCCGAUCUUCCGGACGAGCCUUGUCGGCGAGGACCUGAUCGUGUCGCUCGACCCGGAGCUGAGCACGCGCGUGCUGCAGGAAGAGGAGCGCGCCUUCCAGAUAUGGUACCCGCCGUCCUUCAUGCGCGUCCUGGGCGCCGACAGCAUCAUCGCCGCGCUGGGUCCUCUCCACCGCCACAUCAGGGCGCUCAUGCUCCGCCUCUUCGGCCCCGAGAGCCUCCGUCUGGUCCUUCUACCUGACGUGCAGCGGAGCGCGCGCGCCGAGCUGAGGUCCUGGCUCCGGCUGCCGGACGUCGAGGUCAGAGCGGCCACCUCCAGGAUGAUAUUUGGCGUGACGGCGAAGAAGCUGAUCAGCCACGACGACGCGGCCUCGGAAGGGAGCCUGUGGAAGUGCUUCGACGCGUGCACCAGUGGCCUGCUGGCGUUCCCGCUCUGCGUUCCCGGCACAGCCUUCUACAGAUGCAUGCAGGGACGCAGGAGGGUGAUGAAGAUGCUGAAGGAGCAGCUCGGUGCGCGCAGGAACGAGCCAGAGCGCGAGGGGGUGGAUUUCUUUGAUCUUGUGAUCCAUGAGCUGGACAAGCCAGAAUCUGAACUGAACGAGAACAUGGCGCUGGACUUGCUGUUUCUGAUGCUCUUUGCUAGCCAUGAGACCACGUCGAUUGGACUGACCGUGAUUCUCAAGUUUCUGACAGAUAACCCCAAAGCAUUGCAGGAACUGACGGAAGAGCAUGAAAAUGUCCAGAAAAGAGCAGGUGCAGAUCCAGACUCUGAUGAAAUCACCUGGGAGGAGUACAAGUCUAUGAAAUUCACAUCUCAUGUUAUACACGAAGCCCUUAGGCUGGCAAAUAUUGCUCCUGUAGUGUUCAGAAAAACAAUACAGGAUGUACAGAUAAACGAUUAUACUAUACCACAAGGAUCAAAGGUUAUGAUCUGUUCAUCUGCAGCUCACCUGAAUCCCAAGGUUUACGAGAACCCUUCAGUGUUCAACCCCUGGAGAUGGAAGGAUAUUCUCGAACCAGUUGGCGGCUCCAAGAAUUUCAUGGCCUUUGGAGGUGGUCUGCGGCUAUGCGUUGGUGCUGACUUUGCCAAGUUGCAAAUGGCUAUCUUCCUCCACUGUUUAGUCAUCAAGUACAGAUGGGAAGCGAUCAGCGGAGGCACAAUGAUGUUCUACCCAGGAUUACGAUUUCCAGACGGUUUUCACAUCAAGCUUCUUCCAAAAGAUUGAAGUGUGAUAAUUGACAAUGCUAAAAGCAUUAGUGCUUGCUAGUAUAGUAGUCGUGUAGAGUGCAUGAGAGUACCCGGCCUGGUAAAUAUAUUUUGAAAAUAUCUUCCAGCGAUUGGAAUAUAA